GUCAGAUUAGUGACCGAAAACAUCGCGCCAAUUUUUCCAAACAUUUAUUUGGGUGUUAUUUUUUAUUAUAAUAAAAUCAAGAAAUGGCAGAUGAGGAUCAUUACGAUGAUGUUGACAUAUCGGAUGUAAUUGACGAGUCCGACCAUUAUCUUGAAGCAGACCAUCAGCACGCCGAGUUGGAAGCGACAGACUCUGAACAUAUAAACACGAUACAGGACUCAGAGUUACUUAGUUCUGAGGAGCAAAUUACAGAGGGUAAAAAGCUUCCACAACAUAACAAGAGUGAGGCUAUUCGUUCCACAAGGUUGCCGAUAGCUAGGAUCAAGAAUAUAAUGAAAAUGGAUCCUGACGUUAGCGUUGUAUCAGGGGAUGCUGUGUUCUUAGUAACAAAAGCUACAGAGCUGUUUUUAGAAACUAUAGCAAAAGAAACAUAUGCAUACACUGCUACAAAUAAGAGAAAAAUUAUUGCUAAGAAAGAUCUAGAUCUGGUGAUCAACAAGGUGGACUGCCUCUGUUUCUUAGAAGGUGCAAUGGACUUCUAGCUUUUUGUAUUAAAUUCUGAUUGUAAGU